UCUCUGGGAGAACCCGAGCCCCGGAGUUCCUUUACUGUAGGCCCCGCCCCCGCGCCACCCUGCCCGCUCUAUCCGCCGCCAUGAUCUGCCUGGUGUUGACCAUCUUCGCCAACCUCUUUCCCAACACCUGCAGCGGCGUGAACGAGCGCACUUUCUUGGCUGUGAAGCCCGAUGGAGUGCAGCGGAGGCUGGUGGGCGAGAUAGUGCGGCGCUUCGAGAGGAAGGGCUUCAAGUUGGUGGCACUCAAGCUAGUGCAGGCUUCCGAAGAACUGCUGCAGGAGCACUAUGCUGAGCUGCGGGAGCGCCCCUUCUACAGCCGCCUGGUUAAGUACAUGGGCUCUGGGCCAGUGGUGGCCAUGGUAUGGCAAGGGUUGGAUGUCGUGCGAGCUUCGCGGGCCCUCAUCGGGGCUACUGACCCAGGGGACGCCAUGCCCGGCACCAUCCGCGGGGAUUUCUGCCUGGAGAUUGGCAAGAACUUGAUUCAUGGGAGUGACUCAGUGGAGAGCGCUCACAGAGAGAUCUCGCUCUGGUUCCGUGAGGAUGAACUACUGUGUUGGGAGGACAGCACUGGACAUUGGCUAUACGAAUAGAUGCUUCUGGAGGCUGUGUUGCCAGCCCAAGGUGGUGUAGACUUUUUGGUACCCACAGAACUUGGCAGCAGUAAUAUGGUUGUGAGUCCACCCAAUCUAGUCCACCCAGGGACAGCUGCUCACACCUCCCCUCCCCGUACUUCUUUUUCUAAUAAACUACAGAAAACGUU